AGUGCUCCCGUGGUAGCAGGGCCGCCAGCACCAUGGCCAGCGCCCGCCCCUCCGGGGUCACAUAAGCCAGGCCCCGGGAGCAGCCUGCAGCCUGAACAAUUCACUGGCCCCUCGUUUCCGGCUGGAGGCUCCAAUGCAUCGCGCCAUGGCCGAAGAGUGUGCGGCAGUUAAACCCCCUUCCACCAUGACCAACAAGGACCCCAAGAAGGGCUCCCAAUAUAAGAAGAGUAAAACCAAGAUCCUGGAAAAUUUCAUCAGAAAGUUCCCGCACAGGCUCUCCGGGCUCACGGGCCCCAGCGCGCAGUUCCCGGAGCCCCGGGAGGCCGCGAAGACGGACGCCUCGCUGCGGGCUCGGCCGCCCCUGCAGAAGGUGCUGGUGCCGACGAGAUCCAUCCCGGUCAGGGGGCUGGGGGCGCCGGAUUUCGUACCCCUGUCCAGCCCCAGACGGCGGCGGCCGCCUCCACUGAACUACCUUUGGGAACUGAAGCUACUGAGCCACCGCUUCCCAGGGCUGGCGUCAGGCGCCCCACAUCUCCAGAGGCCUCUCCUAGAGCCCCGCUCGGUGCCCCGCCCCCCUCCCCGGCCCCCUGCCCCUGCUGCUCUGGGCAGCGCAGCGGCUGCAGAGCACUCCCUUCUGGACAGAGGUGGGCCUGCGUGAGCGGAGCAGCCUCGAGGGGGCUAAGCAUCUCAGAGCCCCCGCCUUGCGAAUAAACAUCGUACGUUCAU